CUGGGCUGGGGGGAGCAACCCCGGCCCCUCUGCGCCGCUCCUGGAGGGGCUCAGCCCCUCGGCACCAGCCGGAUUUCAGCAGCUCCCGCCGGGAUGGGACAAUUCGGGCAGCUCGGGGACACAGGGAGGGGGACACGCAGCCAGGACACUGCAGGACCGGCUGCGGCUCCGAGGGGGUGCGGAGCCCCUUGGGAACCCUUCUGCCAGCCCGGCCGGGUGUCCUGCGGGGACUUUGCCGUGUCACGGUGCCAUUAAAGGCGCUUCCAGCGGGGCCAAGGGAUGGCUCCUCGCUCCGCCCGGAGCCGAGGGGGUUAAGCUGGCGGCAGCUGCGGCGGCUGUUAAUGAUUGAUACCAAGGACGGUCUCCAUGGGCUUGGAAGGGAAAUCAUCCGCCCCGGCCGGCUGCGGGAGAGCCACCGGCUCGGCGAGCGGCGCGGCAGACGGAGGGGACGCGCGGUGACACCGCCACAAUGAAAGGCGGAACACCUUCCUGCACCCAGUGACGGGACAGGUCCCCGAGGACACCUCCAGGCUUGACUUGCCAAGACAGCGCUCGGACAUGUCCAGCAAGGCGGGCAGCAAACGUCCGGCCACCGUCCCCAGCGAGCCCCCCAACCACGCCAUGGUGGCGGAGGUGCCCCCGGAGCGUCCCGGAGGCCGGGCUCCGCGCUCCUCCCGCAAGGGCAUCGCCUUCGGGAAGCGCUCCAACUCCAUGAAGAGGAACCCCAACGCCGCCGUCACCAAGAGCGGGUGGCUCUACAAGCAGGCCAGCUCGGGGGUGAAGCAGUGGAACAAGCGCUGGUUCGUGCUGGUGGAUCGCUGCCUCUUCUACUACAAAGACGAGAAGGAGGAGAACAUCCUGGGCAGCAUCCCCCUGCUCAGCUUCCGCGUGGCCGCCGUGCAGCCUUCGGACAACAUCAGCAGGAAGCACACGUUCAAGGUGACGGUGUGCUGGGUGGAGGAGCUGCCGGCGCGUAACGGGCAGUCCCUGUCUCCCCAGGCCGAGCACGCCGGCAUCCGGACCUACUUCUUCAGCGCCGAGAACACGGAGGAGCAGGAAUCCUGGAUCCAGGCCAUGGGCGAGGCCGCCCGCGUCCAGAUCCCCCCGACACAGAGGCACGAGAAGCCGGACUCAGAGAACAUCCCCCCCAGCAAGCACCACCACCACCACCACCACUGCAACGCCGCCCUCCGCGAGCACGCCAAGGCUGAGCCCGACGCCAAGACCCGCGGGGAGGGCGACGGCCGCGGCUCGGAGAAGAUGGAGCGGAAGCCGGCGGAGAGGGCGGACGGCAGGAAGGAGCCUCUGGCCAAAGCCAACGGCCUCGCCGGACAGGAGCCGCCCUCGGAGCCGGGCAGUCCCUACCCCGAAGGGCCGCGAGGGCCGGCGAGCGCCGAGCGGCCGGCACAGCCCAACGGGUGGCCGUACCCCUCGCCCAGCCGGCCCGGCAGCACCGCCUUCCCCCCAGGAGGUGACGGCGAGAGCGGGGCCCAGCGCAGGGGUGUCACCCCCAGGUCCCACCCCGAGAAGGUGGCCCAGCGCAAGAGCUCCAUGACGCAGCUGCAGCAGUGGGUGAACUCCCGCCGCGCCACCGGGCCCCCCGAGGAGCUGCGCAGCCCCACCAGGUUUUACCCCGUGUCCCGCCGGGUGCCCGAUUAUUACUCGCCCUACUCGCCGCAGUACCCGGAGGAGUACCAGUACUACCCGCCGGGCGUGCGCCCCGACAGCAUCUGCUCCAUGCCCGCCUUCGACCGCCUCAGCCCGCCCUGGGCGCUGGAGGACAAACGCCACUCCUUCCGCAACGGGGGUCCCUUCCACCCCGCCUUCGGCCGCCAGGACGUCCCGCUGUGGCUACCGGCGCCCUCCAGGCCGCCCGGCUACCUGGACGAGGUGGACGCGGCCUCGGGCUCGCUGCGGAGGAUGUCGCUGCAGCCGCGCUCGCGCUCGGUGCCGCGCUCGCCCAGCCAGGGCUCCUACGGCCGCGCCAGGGUUUACUCGCCCGUGCGCUCGCCCAGCGCCCGCUUCGAGCGGCUGCCGCCCCGCGGGGAUGAGAUUUACGCUGACCCCACCACCUUCGUGAUGCGCAGAUCCAUCAGCUCGCCCAAGUACGAUUACCUGGGUGACAGGCGGCCCGUCCCAGCCGGGGUGUACCCCUACCACUUCCCGGCGUCCCCCACCAUCCACGACAAAAUGAUGAGCGAGAGCGAGACACUCAUCACUAUGGUGAACAGGAUGGUGGAGACCUCCUCCCCUAGGGCCCAGCUCUACAUGCAAGUGACGCCGUUCCCGGAGCCCUACAGGGACACCCUGCACCCCUACAAGAUCAGCGAGCAGGACACCGAUGCCACAAAUCCCAUCAAUCCUGGCUGCAUCCUGGUGGGAUUCUCAUCCUGCUCUUCCUCUCCCCCUUCCUCUUCCCGGCCGGCACAGAAGCUGCUGGGGAAGCUCUGCGAGCAGAACAAGGUGCUGCGGGAGCAGGAGAGGCUGGUGCAGCAGCUCCGGGCUGAGAAGGAGAGCCUGGAGAGCGCCCUGAUGGGGACACACCAGGAGCUGGAGAUGUUCGGGAGCCAGCCCGCCUACCCGGAGAAGCUGCUGCACAAGAAGGAAUCGCUCCAGAACCAGCUGAUCAACAUCCGUGUGGAGCUGUCCCAGGCCAGCACGGCCCUGGCAAACAGCACGGCCGAGUAUGAGAGCCUGGAGAGCGAGGUGUCCACCCUGCACGAUGACCUCUGGGAGCAGCUGAACCUGGACAUCCAGAACGAGGUGCUCAACCGGCAGAUCCAGAAGGAGAUCUGGCGGAUCCAGGACGUGAUGGAGGGGCUGAGGAAGAACAACCCCUCCCGUGGCACCGACACUGCCAAGCACAGAGUGGCCCUGGGCCCCUCGGGCACCUACAGCUCCAACAGCCCCGCCAGCCCCCUGAGCUCUGCCAGCCUCACCAGCCCCCUGAGCCCCUUCUCCCUCAUCUCCGGCUCCCAGGGAUCGCCCACCAAGCCCGGCCCUGGCGAGGAACCAGGCCCGCCUCGACCUCCCCUCCCCAAGUCCUACGUCCCCCUGGAGUCUCCUCCGGCCGUUCCUCCGCUCCCCAGCGAGAGCCGCCUCUGGCCCUACCCUGCCUCCCCUUCCUGGCACCAAGGAGAGGCCAAGCGGGGACAGCCCAAACCAGGCUUCGAGCAGAGCAAGAAGGAGCCCCCCCGGCCCAGCCCCCCCGGCCCCGCGCCCGAGGCGCUGCCGCAGAGCCGGCCCGAGCAGGACGGGGACAAACAAGCGGCUCUCAACAAGGUGGGAAUCGUCCCCCCCAGGACCAAGUCUCCGGCAGAGGACGAGGCGGUGCCCAGGAGGAACGGCCUGGCCAACGGGCUGGGCUCCCGGGAGAGACCCAAGAGCGCCGUGUUCGCCACCGAGACCAAGGUGAAGAUGAGCGUGGAGGAGCAGAUCGACCGCAUGAAGCGGCACCAGAGCGGCUCCAUGAAGGAGAAGCGGCGCAGCCUGCAGCUCCCCAGUCCCCAGCAGCUCCCCGGCCCCCAGCCCGACCCCCCCGGCACCAAAACCCCCGCUUCCUACAAGGUGGUGAGGAGACACCGCAGCAUCCACGAGGUGGACAUCUCGGACCUGGAGGCCGCGCUGCGCUCCGAUGAGCCGGGCAAGGUGUACGAGACGCCGCAGGAGGAGAUCGCCCGGCUGCGCAAGAUGGAGCUGGAGCCGCAGCACUACGAUGUGGACAUCAACAAGGAGCUGUCCACGCCGGACAAAGUCCUGAUCCCUGAGCGCUACGUGGAGCUGGAGCCGGAAUCGCCCCUCAGCCCCGAGGAGAUGAAGGAGAAGCAGAAGAAGGUGGAAAGGAUCAAGACCCUCAUUGCCAAAUCCAGCCUGCAGAACGUCAUUCCCCUGGGCGAGGGGGAGGUGGACACCCCCCAGGACCCUGAGAUGCAGCUGCAGGAGCAGGAGAAGAGGAUCGAGAUCUCGUGUGCCCUGGCUGCCGAGGCCUCGCGCCGCGGCCGGAUGCUGUCGGCUCAGUGCGCUACCCCCAGCCCUCCCACCUCCCCAGCCUCCCCGACUCCACCGACCAACCCCCUCUCGUCCGAGCCGCCCCGGGCCGCCGACAGCAGCCACCUCAUGCGGGUGUGAGCCUGUGACCUCAAGCCCUGGCUGCUGCCGGCGCCAUCAAGUUCCACGGGGCCACCUUUUAGUCCCCUCCGGCGGUGACACCGAACCUUUCGCCACCGUCCUCGGUUCUCCCGGACCCCCUUCCCUCCCUGCGGCGGCGACACCACCG